CCGGGGAGAAGCUUUCUCGUUGAGGGCGAUCGUGCGAUAUGGAAUGACUUAAAUUGAAAGUCACCGCCAGAUUGGAAUUCAGACACUGUUUAGUUCUGUGACAGCCAACACAAAAAUAAAAUCUAACCCAGAAUGUCCCUCUCCGAGCAAUUCAACGCCGCCGCCGAGAAGGUGAAGAGCCUGACCAAGCGUCCCAGCGACGACGAGUUCCUGGAGCUGUACGCCCUGUUCAAGCAGGCCAGCGUGGGCGACAACGAUACCGCCAAGCCGGGUUUCCUGGACCUCAAGGGCAAGGCCAAGUGGGAGGCCUGGAACAACCAGAAGGGCAAGAGCAGCGAGGCCGCCCAGCAGGAGUACGUCACCUUCGUCGCGGGUCUGGUGGCCAAGUACGCCUAGAAAGGGUACCAAAAACCAGCAAUUAUCGAUCUUAAAACCAACCACAGACUAUACUAUGUAGUGUUACCUAUAAUGCGGAAUAAACGUUGUAUGUUAAUUUUGUACUAAAA